AACAGUCCAACACACACACAGACACACAUAGACACAGACACACACAGACACACACACACAGACACACACAUAGACACACACACAGACACACACACAAACAAACACACACACAGACAGACACACACAGACACACACACACAAACAGACACACACACAGACAGACACACAGACAGACACACACACAGACACACACAGACACAGACACACACAGACACACACAUACACACACACAGACAGACAGACAGACACACACAGACAGACAUACACACACACAUACACAGACACACAGACACACACACACGCACGGACUGGCAGAGACACACGAGGCGUGGCCAGGCUUGCCCGGCCCCUGCGUGUGGCCUUCAACCCAUAAAGACCGCCGCGUCUCGAGGCCUCGUCUCAUUCGCGGUCUGACGCACGGAGAACCCCCACGCGCGAGCCUGGGUCAGGGUGCAAACCUCGACGGAGAAACGAAAUCCUCUCUCGACCGGCAUCCCUGACACAUCAAUCGAGGCACGCACCUCCAGCACUGCAAUCAUCAUCAGCAGCGUCAUUAGCAGCAGCAUCAUUAGCAGCGGCAGCAGCAACAACAUCAUCAUAAUCAGCAGCAUCAUCACUUCCACCUUGCCCCCGCUUCGGGGAGUUGUCACCACCAUGAAGUCGACCACGCACUCCUGGAUCUGUUCCUCCUCGAUCUCCACCACCACCAUCAUCAUCAUCACCUUGAUCUUCUGCUCCCUCCUGUGCGCGUCCCACGCGGCGAGGCUCCAUCAUCAACAUCACCACCAUCAGCACCUCCAACAUCAACAUCACCACCAUCAGCACCACCACCACCAUCAGCACCAGCAGCAGCAGCAGCAUCACGAGCCGGGGCUGCAGGUGCGCGACUCCAGGACCAACCAGGAGGAGACGGAGCCGUCUCACGCGCCCCUCCGUCACCUCUCCGGGGAGGUGGAGGCGAUCAAGAGGGAGAUCCUGGAGCGGCUGGGGCUGGAGAAGCCCCCGACGGUGCCCGACGUUUCUCGCGGGGGGCUUCUCCAGGCGCGGCAGGAGGAGGAGGCGGCGUGGACACGGUACCACGAGACGGUCACGAGGCGAGCCGGCUCCGGGUCGGGAGUCACCGGAGGAGGAGAUUCCGGCGACUCGGAGUCGAACCCAACCACCUUCACCUUGACGGCUCACACAGGCUCCACGGUGAUUACAUCAUCAUCGUCGUCGUCAUCACCGCCCAGCUCCCUGCGCCUCCACUUCUCUCUGGAGGAAAUUCUCGCGGCCUGUUCCCGACACCGCCUGCGCGUGACGUCAGCUCACCUCGCCCUGACCUCCACCUUGACCCGAGCACUGGCCCCGGCCUCCACGCUGACCCUGAUCCACGCGGGGCCUCCCACCGGGUCGCCCAACUCGGAGCCCCGGGCGAGGCUAUCCCUGGGCGUCCGACUCGAGCGCGGGGUUCGAUCCCGGCACCAGGCGUCUGUGGACGUGAGCUUCGCCCUGCGGGGUCUCAUCGACAAGUGGCUGGGGGACAGCAGCAACAGCAGCAGCAUCGACAACAGCAGCAGCAGCAGCAAUAGGAGCAGUGAAAUCAACAUCAGCAACAUCAGCAACAGCAGCAAUAUCAACACCACCACGACCACCAGCACCAGCAGCAACAGCAGCAAUAUCAACACCACCACGACCACCAGCACCAGCAGCAACAGCAGCACGCUAGUGGUGGACAUCUCGUUGCCGUCUUCCCCGACCGCCGGCGAGACGUCGUCGCCCAAGUCGUGGGCCUCGGGCGUCGUCCUGCGCGUGACGCUGCGAGCGCGGGGCCCCCGGCGCUCGACGGCGCGCCGGAGGAGCCGGCGCGACGCGUCGUCGGAGGACUGCGCCGACUCGGAGCAGAAGAAGUGCUGCCGCUCGCCCAUGCGCGUCUCCUUCGCCGACAUCGGCUGGGACGACUGGGUGAAGGCGCCCGCCGAGUACGCCGCGUACGCGUGCCAGGGCGCGUGCCCGCACAGGUACAAGGCGGCCAACAGGUACGCGCUGCUGCUCGCCAAGAUGCACCGGCUCACGGGCGGGGCGGUGGCCGGGCCGUGCUGCGUGCCCGCGGCCCUGGAGCCGCUCGUCCUCCUGCACUAUGACAGCGACGGCAAGCUGGCCGUGUCCGCCGUCGAGGACAUGAUCGUGAGCAAGUGCCACUGUCAGUAGACAGCGCGUGGUGGUGCUGGUGCUGGUGGUUAGUAGCGGUGCCUUGCCACCCCAGUCGGAGGACACGAGGCGGCCGGUGGAGAUGCCGCAAGCGACGGCUUCGGUCGAGGAGGGCGUUGAUCGCGGCGCGAGGUCGCCAACCGUGGGGAGGUCGUGGAGAUUGGUGGUGGUCGAGGGAGGAGGGGGGGUCCAAUGGAGAUGCCGCAGGAGGUGAGACACUGGGUCGUCCGCCUGGGAAACGAUUGCGACGAGACGUCACUGCCAGGAGAUGAGGAGCUGCGUCCAGCGAGCACGUGACCCUGACGAGGUGUCACCCUCGGGAGGUGACGUUGGAGAUGCGGCCACCCGAGGACAUUACAGCCACAGCGGUGGAUAUCACGUGGACAUACUGGUCCCCGUCAUGUGAUCGUGCAAUUUCCAGUCACUGGCUACAGCGUGCCAAUGAACACGGGCAUGAAGAAUAUUUAAUUGUGUUAUUUUUAUUAUUUUAUUAUUUCCCUUCUACAUGACUUUACCGAAAGAAUAUGAAUAUUUGGGGUGUUUAUGUAUAAAAAGGUGGGUUUUUUAAUUCUGGGUUGCAUCUCAACGUUUAAUACUUCAUCCAUCAUCAGCAUCAUCCUGGAAAAGGGGUGAGGUUUGGGAAUUAUCUUCUGGAGCUCAGCCCCAGGCACUUCCGGCAGAUAUGAAUCCCUGAUUAUUGAUGAUGAUGAGGAUGCUGAUGAUGAUGACUGAGUAAUUGUUCCAGAACAAGAAGGAAUUUUCAGAACCACGCGUAACGGUUAUCAUAUUGAGAUUUAAUUUAUUUGUAUUUAUUUGUGUUUCGAGUCAUUGUGUUUGUUUGGUUAUUUAUUUGUCGGGAUGUUAAGUGACGAAGCUGUUGUCACGUGGGAAGAGUUGUGGGCAUGAGGUGAGGAGCGGCUGAGUCCGGAUUAUUUGACGGGG